AUGGCGGGCGACGCGUCGUUGCGACUGCUCAGCGAGGCCGAGUUUGAAUUCAAAGCGCCAACCGGAUUUCCAGUCAGCUGUCCCACACUCGAUUUGUCGGCGACAUGGGACGGUUCAGAUAAGAACCUGUUUAUAUACCGCCCGCCGAACCAGGCUGUCUCCAAGAUUCAUCAGCUUGGGCCGCUAGGCUCAAAGGCCCCGGAUGCCCUAGCCGUGACGUGGAAGCCAGACGGCCAGUUCCUUGCCGUUGGCUGGAGCGAUGGGGCGGUACGCAUCAUGGGCUUGGAGAACAACAAGGCGGUUCACCAGAUGCAUAUCUGCAACGACGACGCCGCCAAAAUAACACAUAUUGGUUGGACCACCAGUUUGAUCAACAAGAAGCCUGGCAAAAACGCGCCGAAAUCAGGCGAGAAGCUGCUGGAUGAACUGAUAUUGGACAAUGGUUCCGGCGCCUUGGACCUCCCUCAAGAGUUGACCUUUCUCGAGGUGGACACGGCGCUGCCCAAAAUCAGUCCGCUGCCAACUGCCAGUGCAGGAGCUGGAGAUGAUGCCACAGUAUUCACGCUGCGGACAGGAAUUGAGUUUCUCUUCCAGACACCCAAGCGCUCUGCAUACGACCAAGUCAACAUUAUGGUGGUUGGGACUAGCGAUGGGCAACUGCACCUCAGUAUCUAUGAUUCCUUCGUGAUAGGCGUAUUUACCGCCCCUAGCCUUGGAGCCCUCAUCGCACCGCGUCUCGUCCUGCACGCCGCAUGCCCGACCAUGUCCACGCAGGCGCUGCUUAUGGCGGACGACACGAAUAACCCUUCUGAGAUACAUCUGGUCCCUGUAGACCUCCCAUUUGUCUCUUCAUCGCCCAUAAACUUGUCGCUGCUCGCUUCGAAGCUCACGACACUCCAGACGCUGCUGCGCUAUCUUAAGCAGACGCAGCUGCACAUGCUGACCGAGUGGAAGAACGCACGAGAACUCCCGAAGAGGUUCUUGCAGAGCGUCCAGGGCGACCUGUCAGAGAUGCAGAGCGGACCUAGAACUAUUGUCGCGGCUCUCUAUCACACUGCCGUGACUGGCCACGCGUACGAGCCGUUGCGCGAGUGGCUAGUGGACAGCGUUGCCGAGAGAGGACACAAAAGAUGGGACAAGGCUGUCACGGCCGGCCUGGAAGGUCUUCGAAACCUAGUGCAUGAGAACCUCCUCCCCGGACUGGAGCGCUGCUCCGUCAUCCUGAGUCGCCUCCGCGGCUUCGCGCAGUUCUACGACACGCGCGACGACCUCGGCUUCACCGCGACGCAGGUUGGCCGCGUCCUCGACGUCGUCGGCUGCCUAAGCCUCGUCGGCCACCGCAUCCUGCUGCACGUCAUGGACGAGCUCGAGCACUUUGCCGCCUUCUCCGGCUGGCUGCGCUUCCAGAUCGACCGCCUCGCCUCGACCGGCGCCGACGAGCUCACCGAGCGCGAGGCCACCCUCGACACCUCGCGCGUCCUGACCUACAUCGAGCGGUACCUGACUGGCGGGCCGCUCGACGCCUUCUUCGCAGCGGUGCCCCGCGAGGACUACGAGGCCGACUGGGCGCACGCGGAGGACGGGCUGAGCCUGCUCGAGGUCCUCGACAGGCAGCUCAAGAAGGCCGAGGCUGGCCAGCCGGCGAUGAAGGCGCUGCCGCAGGUGGACUUCUUGAUGAACUACGCGAGCACGUGGACGGGCCGCAUCUUCAAGGACGUGGCGGACGCCAAGAAGCGCAGCGUCCGCUUCGGCGUCCCGAUGAGGCUGAAAAUCGGCGCGCCGAUCACCAAGAUGGAUGUCAAGAUGGCGGAGGCGGCUGCGGGGGCCGGUGGCGGAACGGUGUACACGGCUCUCGCUUCCAAAGAGACGGCCAACAAAGUAUAUGUGUUCCGGGCGGAGUUGAGUGUGGUUAACGGCAUCAGCUUGAACCGGAGCCUGUCAUCUCGCUGCAUCGACCUCGGCGACUCGUCUCUCAUCGACCUCGGCUUCAUUGAUGCAACGACCCUCGUACUUCUUUGCACCAGCACAGACCCUAGCAAGCCCGCCAUGUUUACGGUUCCUGUUGAAUCGGAUGCCACGCUGUAUGAGCCGUACGUCGAGGACGCAGCCCCAGACUCCAUCAGGGGCAUGCCGCUUGCCGCGACGGGAGGCACUGAGUGCCGUUUGCCAGAAGAAUGCGCGAUGCGGCCGGUGCGGAUGGAGGUGCACGGCGAGCAUGACGUCCAGGGCCAGAUCGCGGCUCGCAUAUGCUUGCUCGCCAGCAACAGGACGACCUGGCGCACCUUUACCCUCCUUGAUGAUAACGACACGGCAGCAUAG